CUCAGUCUCGACAGAUCGUUCAUCAUCAAGAUUCAUGGCUGACUCGAGCAAGACCGAGAAAGGCACGCAAGGUAGCGACAGCAAACCGGAAGGCGACAGCACGCUUCUACUUACCGUCAAACUCGCGUUUAGAGCUCUAGCGUUGCUUUCUGCUAUUGUUGUCGCGGGUCUAAUAGCAGACAAGCUAGAGGACUCUCUGAAUGGAUUUGACUUUUGUGCUUUUGGAUUGACAUUUGAGAUCAAUAAUGGCUUCGCCGUCAACUACAGUAGCGAUAAAAAUGCUUGUAGAUAUGGCAUUGCAAUUGGAGUCAUCACCAUAAUUUUUGCCAUCUUAUUUAUCAUAAUGGACAUUAUUCUAUUUAUGUGUGGAGUGGGAAGUCUGGUUAUCAAGAAGGUGGUCUCUAUUGCUGAUUUGGUGUGUUCUUGUCUACUGGCCUUGCUAUGGGUGGUGGCAUUCAUCUACCUGCUCGACAAAUGGAACAAAGCCGGACCAAAGGACAUCCGAGUUGAUGGAAGAAAAAUUAGUGAUAGAGAAAGAGACGUUGAGGUCACUAUUGCCUUUUCGAUAAUUGGUGGAAUAGUUUGGGUUCUUCUGACGAUCAUCGCUGCUGUUCGUACAAAGCGUAUUGUAGCUUAGCUUACAACUUCCUAGAUUUUGGGUUGGUUAUUUAAUACUUGUAAUAGUCUUGUAUACCUUUUCUAUAGCCAUGGUGUGUAUGUUUGCCGUCAUCUAUUAUAAUUACAAAGACAAUAAAGGCAAGUCAUAGAU